CCAUGGAUUUCUAUUGUCUGCUGUUAACGACUAAUGAAGAUGCUGAUUUAAAUAUGGAAAAGAAAAUGUGUGUGCAUUCACCCCUCAGUCAUGCUACAGCAUGUUUCAAAGCAUCUUUAGACAUUUCUAUCUUUCACCAGAGAGUGAGAAGAGCUGUUAGCUGAGGUUCGGGAGCGGGGUCACGCCCCAAACAAUCACCUGACUUCCCCAAACAUCUAUAUAUAUAUCGUCCCACCUCAUACCGUACCAUUUGUCUUUUUCUCUUGAGCCCACCCUUUCGCUCCCAUUCUCAUCCAUUCAGCCAUCCUUAUUCCUUAUUUCUCUUUCCUUCAGGUUGUUUUGGGGGGUCCUAAAUAUACGAUCGAGACGAUACCCCCACCUUGAGUCUCUCUGGGCCAUCAAUUCGAGACGCCCUGAUCAACCUGACCAUAAACCCAUUCCCUUUACCCUUUAAUCCAUAGCUUGUUUGUGGCGUGGUCCUAGCUCGUGAAAGCCAAUCUAUCCUCAACAGGGAUGGAUCAAAGACUGAUGCACCUCAUUCUGUUUUCAGGCUUUCUCUCAGUCAUUCUGUGUGACUCUCAUAGACUCACUGAGUAUGUUCUGAUCCGAGAGUAUAAAACAUGGGACGAGGCUCAAAACUUCUGUCGAAAGAACUACAUUGACUUGGCCACUGUCCAGACUGAUGAAGAGUGGAGCGAGUUUAAUAAGUUAAAGGCUAAUUAUCUGUCUGACACCUGGAUUGGACUCUAUGAUGACGUGUACAGCUGGCGCUGGUCUUUUCGAGAUGAACGCCUCACAUACGCGAGAUGGGAUGAGUAUCAGCCGGAUAAUUAUGGAGGAGACCAAGACUGUGUAAUGAUUCAUUCAAAUGGAUACUGGCGCGACAAAGGCUGCGAUAUUAAAUGUGUCGUUGUUUGUCAAAGUGAUCAAGGGCCAGUACUAAAUACUGAUCAGAAGAUGUCCUGGAAACAAGCUCAGAGUUUCUGUAGAGAACACUUCACAGACUUAUACACGGUCAAGAACAUGAGUGAGAAUCAGCUGCUAAGGACGAUGACCCAUGAUGAUCAGAGCUGUAUCUGGAUCGGUCUGUUCAGAGACUCAUGGAAGUGGUCCGAUCAGACCAUCACUAGCUCUUCUCUGCGAUGGGCUCAAAGACAACCAGAUAAUUAUUUUGAGAGUGAAAUCUGCGCUGCUGUUGGUGAGGAUGGUCUGAUAACUGAUGAGCUCUGCUCAGAGAAGUUUUUCUUCUUUUGCAAAAGUCCAUUACAAGUAAGGCAGCAGAUACUGAGACUGAAGGUGAACGCAGGUGAUGAUGUCACCGGUCCAGGGACUGAAGACGCUGUGUUGAAGGAGGUCCAGCAGAAACUGCGAGAGCAGGGACUAGCAGCAGAUGUGAAGUUCUCAUGGCAGGAGCAGCCGAACGGAGUGGUGUUCCAAAAGUGAAAAAGCAACAUUAUAGAUGGAUAAAGAUGGAUUAAAGGGGAAGAUUAUAUUCCUUAACUAACUAAAUCAAAGUAACAUUUUAAAAUACAUUAAAAAAAAAAAAAAAAACUUAAUCACUUACUAGAAUCCUUUAAUUGCAUUUAUCAUGGUUCAUUAUACUGUAGUUAUUAUAGUAAUAAAAGCUAAUAAAGUUCAUUGUAGAUAAAUUACACUUAAUGUUCUUUAAUUGUGAUCGUGAAUUGUUUUUGAUCUUUAUUUUGUACUGCUCUCUGAUGUCCACUUAUAAUGU